CGCAUCACGCGUCAUCAUACUGGUUGGAUCGUGUACUCGUGUCGUGCAUCCGAUUAAUCGCCCCGAGCCGCCCGUGUAUUUUAAGCGUCGCUUUUUUGCAAAAAGUGUAGGAAAAAGAACGGAAAAUAUGCCAAAAUCCAUAAACGAACGUAUUUGACAGUUCAUUUAAUCGCAUAGCAAGAAAUCCAAUACAUCCUUUCAAACCGGCGGUUGGAUAUACCGAGAAACUCAAACUUUUCCUUCCUUCAAAAAAAAAAAAUAACUGUGUUGUGUGUCGUGCGUGUGUGUGUGUGUUGCCGUGAGCGUGUGGGUGUGAGUGUGUAUGUGAGAGAAGAAAAAAAAAAAAAAAAAAGCCGCACACUGCAAAAAAUAGCAAAAACAAAAAGAAAAAACUCGAAAAGUGCGAAUAGACUUGACGACUUUUACUUCCCCACCGGUCUAGAAUAACCGCUAAAAUUGUGGAAAAACAGGAGAAAACUCCCAAGCGGAAGAAGAAGACUGCAGCCAGUAAAAUGUCUGCAGUUUAUUCGCCGCAACCGCCGCAGCAGCAACCGCAGCAGCUGCAGCAGCAGCAGCAGCCUCCCCCGCCACAGCAGCAGCAGCAACAGCAACAACAACAGCAGCAGCAGCAGCAACAGCAGCUGCAGCAGCAGCCGCCACCCAACUCGAUUCCCAAUCAGCAGCCUCCCGGCUCGGGGGUGGGCCCCGGUGGAGGAGGCGGCAUAGGUGGAGGCGGAGGUGGAGGACCCGGUGGCGGUGGUGGCCUUCUCCCCAUGGGCCUCCAGCAGCAGCAACAGCAGCAACAACAACGACCGCCCAUGGGCGUACCCGGAUCACCCGGCAGCGUCAUAUCCGGCGGAGUCGGUGGCGGGAUGAUGGUCACUCCGCCGUCUACGCCACGCGGCGGCAAUGUGGGCGGCGGUGUACCGCCCCAGGUGAACUCGGCACAGAUCCAGAAGAUGCUGGACGAGAACUGCGGCCUCAUCCAGACCAUUCAGGACUUCCAGAGCAUGGGCAAGGCGCAGGAGUGCAUGUCCUACCACGUGGCGUUGCACAGGAAUCUGGUUUAUUUGGCCCAACUGGCCGAUCCCGCCAUGAACAUCUCCCAGAUACUGCCGCCUCCGCACAUACUCCAGACCCAGGCAAUGCAGCAGGGCGGCCAACAGACACCGCCAACGGGUCCGCAUGGGAUGCUGGGCGGUCCACCGCCGCCCCAACAGCAACAGGGUCCUGGCCAGGGACCAGGGGUAGGAGUGCCAGUGCCCGGCCAGCAGGUGGCCGGUGUGCCGCCACAGAUGGGGAUGCAGCACGGGCCGGGGGAUCCGCAAGGACCACCCGUUCAGAUGCCACCCUACGGCCAGCAGCAGCAGCAACAGCCGCAGCCACAUCCCGGCCUGCCGCCAGGCGCUCAACAGCAAUCUCAGCAACAGCAGCAGCAGCAACAACAACAGCAGCAGCAACAGGCACAACAACAACAGCAGCAGCAGCAACAACAGGCGGCAGCAGCGGCGGCAGCAGCAGCAGCAGCCGCAGCAGCAGCUGGCCAGCAACAAGGAGGUCCUCAGGUCAGCCAGGCGGGUCCUCAGUCCCAGCAACAGCAACAACAGCAGCAGCAGCAGCAGCAGCAACAACAACAGCAUCCCGUCUACCGAAAUGCCCAGGCCCAGGGACCGGGACCGGGACAAGGACCCGGACAAGGUCCUGGCCAGUCGGUCGUCAAUCCGAAUGCAGCGCCCAGUAAGUACCAACAGCGACCCAACAACGGACCCCUUCCUGGCCCUCAGAAUCCGCAGCAACAACAACAACAGCAGCAGCAACAAGGCACUCCCCAACCCGGCGGACAACAGCCUCCGGGCCAGCAACAGCAACAACAACAGGGCGGUCCCGGAGGACCACAGCCUGGAGCUGGCGGACCGGGUGUGCCGCCACCGCAGAGCCCCUACCGGGUGAGCUACCAGCAACAGCAGCAGCAGCACGGCCACUAUCCGGGCUAUCCGCCGCAACCCCAGACACAGUAUCAGCCGCAAGGAGCUUAUCCCUACGGCCCGCCCACCCAGGGCUAUGGGCCGCCGCCUCCAGUGCCGCCGAACGCCGGCCAAGGGGGCUACCACACGGCGGCCGGGCAGACGGGACACGGCUACCAACCGAAUACCGGAGCAGCACCGCCGGGCGCUUAUCCGCCGCCACCCGGCAGCCAGCAGGGGCCACCGGUGCCGGGUCAGCAGCAACCGCCGCCGGGACCACCUCCACCGGGACAAAUGUACGGACCACCGCCCACUGGCGGACAGCAGCCGGGUCCACCGGGCCCGCCACCACAAAGCCAGUACGGUCCACCGCCGCCACAGAACACAGCCGGUGGCCCACCGCCUCCGAUGAGCUAUGCCGGCUAUCCGCCCAAUCCGGUGGGCCAGUACGGCCAGGCAGGCGCUGGCGGAGGUCCCCCGCCGGGCAGUUACGGCCCACCGCCUCCGGUGCCGACGAGCAGUGCGCAGAGUCCCUACCAGGCCUACCAGACGGCCGCUGGGGGUGCGACGGGUGCCCCGCCGGGCAGCAGCUACCCGGGAGGACCGCCGACCAGUGUGGCGGGUCCGCCACCGCCGCCGGGAGGCGCCUACAGCAGCAGCACCACGGCGCCCAGCCAGACGCCGCCGCCACAGGCUGGCGGAGCGGGCGGCGGCGCUGGCGGAGGAGGAGCCGGUGGCAGCGGGAAUCCCAACGGACCGAAUGCCCAACAAUCGACGCCGCCGCCGCAGGGUGGUGCCGGUGGUGCGGCCGGAGGAGCGGGAGGAGCCCCGCAGCAAUACGCAGGACCGCCGCCGCAGCAGCAGCAGCAACAGCAGCCGCCCGGAGUGGUGGUCUCCGGCGUGGCGCCACUGCCGACACAAGUCCAGCCCACUUACUCGACGCCCGGCAGCUACAACCAGCAGGGACCCGGCGGCCCGCCGCCCAACCAACAGCAGCAGCAACAACAGGCCCCGCCCACGGGCGGUGCGGGAGGAGCUGCCGGCGGCGGAACACCGAAUCCGCAGGGCCAAGGCCAGGGGCAGGGACAGCCGCCGCCGCCGAACGGAGCGACGCCGCCAAUGCCGCCUAAUCAGUACCAGCCGGCAGUGCCGGGUGCACCGCAGGGACCCUACGGCGGACCACCGCCACCGCAGGCGUACGGGCCGCCGCCGCCGGGCAGCGCCUAUCCGGGCCACGCCUACCACCAGCCACCGCAGGCCGCCGGCUAUGCCCAGUACCCGCCCACGCAGGGCUACCAGAGCUACAGGCCGGCCGGAGCCCAGAUGCCGCCACCAGGAGCACCGCAGGGUCCUCCGCCCACGGGCGCCUACGGCUACUAUAGCCAGCAGCCGCCACAAUGAGGCCGGGAGCAGCUCUACCCGCAGAAUAAUCCGUAGUCUGGAGAGGAUUAGACGGAUGAGGGAUGUGGAGGAGCAUCCGGAGCGGGGCUGGCAGAGAUUAGGGAGAGGAAUCUAGGAGAGGGCGAGAAGUAAGAGAGGACUAAGAGAAAAGUGGAGAUCCGUAGAGUUAAAAAAUUAAGGAGAGCUGUAUUUAUUUUAAAUUAUAAUUAUUUUUGAUCGAAAAAAUGAAUUUCUUCAAACUCUCCCCGGCCCCGGCGUUUGGAGGGUUUCUUGAAAUUCAUUUGUUUCUAAAAAGAAAAAUUAUAGACUCUUGUUUAAUUUAAAACUAAAAUUAAUGUAGGAAGCAGCUAAAAACAUAAAAAUAUAUAUUUUUUAAAAGAAUAAGUCUAAAAAAAAAGAAGAGCAAAGAGAACAAGAAGUCGGGAGGAGAGAAGAAACGUGUCCUAGGCAUACAAGUAUAUAUAUUAUUAUAUAGAUCUAUGGAGAUUUGGUCGAUCCACGAUCCAAAAGAUAUAUAAAGAUUAUGUUUCGGGGUUCGAUGCGUUGUAUUUUAAAUGGAAGAAGCUGAAAGCGAAUCUAUAAACUAAUAAGAACUUGAUUCGAAUGUAAAAUUCAAUACGAUAUUUAAGAAGGUAAAGACAAUUUUAAGGAAAUUUUAAGCUCGCUUCUUUAAAAUUAAAAUUACUUAAAAUUGUAAAUACUACUAUGAUUUCAAUGACAUGCCAAUAUCGACCCAUCCUACUACUAUUUAAAUUCUACAGAUAACUCGUAACUCUCUUUCUCCUAAGUAAGUUAUAAAAAAAAAAAAAAAAGAACAGAAAUCCUGAAAAAAAAAAAUAUUAAAAAUCUUUAAAAACGUUUAUAAAAUAUUCUUAAAUAGCUAUUAAGAAAUAGGACGAUAAUGAUGAAUAGUACAUGUUUUAAUAUAAUAACUUUAAUAAUUUAAUAUAUUUUUUAUUCAUUUUUUUUUUUUGUAGUUGCCCGGUUUUUAAUGUUUUUUUUUUUUUUAAUAAUUAAUAGCAAUUAUUAGUAGAGUCCCUUGUCCUGUUUUCUUCCAAAUAAUAAUUUUUUUUUUAAAUGCAUGUGUGCUUGGGAAAUUCAAAUUAAUUGUAAAAUCAACUAGAACUAAGAUUAUUAUAUUUAAAUUUACUAUUUAAAGUAAAACUAUAAAUUAUAAAUAGCAAGCAGAAAAUAACAAUAAACUUUAAAUUACAAAAAUAAUGAAGAGAUUCGAGAUAUUGGGGUUAAAAAAAAAAAUUCGUAAAAAAUUAAGACUAAUACUACGAAAAAAAAAAUGGAACUUUUUUGAUAUGAAAAUACUGUUAUUUUGCUUGCACAUUCAUGUUCCAAAAUCGAAAUCUAAAUUAUUUAUUCGAUAAAGAAAUUAUUUAAAGUUAGUUAAAAUAUUACAAUUAUUAAAAAUAAGAGAAAGACAAUUUCGCAUUUUCGGAUAGCCCUAGAAAUGUAAAGUUAAAAAAAAAAAAUAUUUAAAUAUUUAUCCGAAUGUUCCAUUAGUUUUUAUGGAUAAAAAAUAUUGCGAGAAACACAAUAGCUAGCUGUCUCGCUCUGAAGCAGGCCGGUAAGGCUACCAUGCAUGUAUAGCUGCUCUGCUCUAAUCCGAUCUGAUAUAAUCUAUGGGGAUCGGCGGAGGAUAUAUCCUUUCCCAGGAAACAGGAAACAGGAAUCACAAACACACACACAUCGAGAAAUCAUUUAGAUGUAUGUACAUGAAAUAGCAUUUACAAAUUUCUAUUUUUUAAAUGCUAAUUUUAAAAAAAAAGUCAAUAAAAAAAAGCGCAAAAAAAGUUUUCAAAGUAAAA